AUGGCAACUUCUCAAGCAAAGGUCGAGCCCAUUGCUGCGCCACAGGGCUCCGCUAUCAACUUUGGCGCCACCGUCACUGAUGUUGACGUCGAGAAUCUUACUGAUGCCGACUUUGACGUCCUUCGUGAUGCUCUGUUCAGGCAUCAGGUUCUCGUCAUCAGGGACCAGUCGCACGUCUCCCCCAAGGCCCAGUACAGCCUCACCCAGCGAUUUGACCCGGAAGCCACUGCCAACUAUGGCCACGGCAAGACUCUGGAUGCCAAGCGCUCUAUCCUACACCCUGAUUUGAAGACGGUUCCGCAUCAGCCCCAGGUCCAGGUCAUUGGAAACGGCUUUGUGCCUUCCUACGAGGGUCUGGAGAACAUCCAGCUCCGGCACCCUCACCACCGGACAUUCCAUGACACCACAAUCCCAGACGCAGAGGACCUCGACUUCACCAGGUUCUACCGCUGGCACAUUGAUGCGGCCCUUUAUGAUCUCGCGCCUCCAGUGGCAACCACGCUGCUUGCCGUCCGCGUCCCCUCUGGCCGCACGCAGACACUGCGAUAUGACGACGGCACGGGCGAUGAGAUGACCGUCCCCCUUGGAACAACUGCUUUCGCCAACGGUGAGACCAUGUACGAUAUCCUCUCCGACGAGGACAAGGAGUUUGCCCGCACCACCAAGGUCGAAUACGCCGCCCAUCCUUACAUCUGGAUGUCGCCGGCCAAGUCCCGCUCCACCGGGCUCGGCCUCGUCUCGCAGGGCAAGGAGCUCUCAGAGUCCGACCUCCCUCCCAUCAACUCCGAGGCCAUCCAGGUUCUCCCCAUGUGCUGGCGCAACCCCGUGACGGGGAAGCUGCACCUUCAGAUCCAUCCAUCGGCUGUCAGGCGGCUCCAUCUGGCCGAUGGCACCGUCAUCGAUGACUUGGCCAAGGUUCGCGAGACUGUCUACCGUCUGCAGCGACCUGGCAUUGCUCCCCAGAGGAUAUACGCCCACGACUGGAAGGAAGGCGAUCUCGUCAUCUUCCACAACCGAGGUUUGAUCCACUCGGUCGUCGGCGCCUUUGCAGAGGACGAGGUCCGGCUGUUUAGGCAGUGCAACAUUGCAGGAAGCCAACUGCCUGUUGGUCCUGAGAUAGUCGGGGCAGCUGCUUAA